UACACAAACCACACUGAGCUCUGUCCAGGCGGAAGUUUACAUGCUUAGAUCCUUACUAAAAGCCACUGAUGACAGAGUAAGUCCAUUAGUGCAUGAUUUGAGGGACAAUGGCAGCACAUUGUGUCCGUCCUGCAGUGUUUCAGUGUUUAGAGGUGACUCCUCACAGCCGUCCUACUUGUGCUGAUUGGCCUAAUGAGAUCAGGACAGACUGAUGACAUCAGAGCGCAAUCCCUCCAGGAUCAGUCUCCACACCUGAGGAGGAGAGAAACAGAGCAGAAGAUCAGAGACCAGGAGCCUCAAUGCUGAUCAUCUUCUAGGAGUCUUCAGGACCUUUCUCUGACUGCUGCCAGAUCCAUUCAACAGGCAGGAUGGCUCGGGACAUGUCAGAUAAAGAGAUCCUAAAGAUGGAGCUGGAUCAGCUGAAUCCGGAAAUAACUCACCCUUAUGUCCUUCCAAACCUGUAUGACCUUCUAUCUCCUGGGAACAUAAUGCUAAAGAACACAGAAACAGUUUAUUUCCCACUGACUUCCACUGUCUCAACUACAGCUCCAGAGAUCAUUGCGUUUGUUGAGGGGUUGUCUGCUGAAGACCCGCUGGUCAAAGGUGUCCCAGAAGACAAGAACCCUUUCAAGGAGAAGGGUGGAUGCAUUAUUACAUAGCACUGGCCCUGGACGCACCAGGGCUCUGUUCAAUAACUAGUUUUGUAUAAACCAUCAAUAUUUGUACUAGAAACUAGGAUUUUGUUAGCAGCCACUUUAGUUUUGGAUACCAUACAGAAGACGCCCUCAUGUCAUUCAGUACUUCUUGUGAUAUGAUGUUACCUGUCUCUUUUUAAAAUAAACUCUUUAGCAAUCUAA